AGAAAGAAAAAAAAAAAGAUUAGACAAAUCCAAAUAGAUAAUAAGGGGCAAAAGAGUCAUUUCAGGAGAUAAUUAGUCUCCGUCUGACGUAGGAUACGUCAAAAAUAUCCAAUCUCAUUCAAAUUACGCUUUCUCAUCUUUCCCCUACAAAUACUCAUUUCUUUCUUCUUCUUCUUCUUCAUUCAUCACAACAAACCAAAAACUCCAAGUUUUUACCUUUUUCCCAUUUCAAUCGGUUAAUUUCUCCGAUCACGAGAUACAAAUUUCAGUUUUCUGAAAUCUUGGAUCUUCCGAUCACUUUGGAUUUUUGGUUUGUUGAUUUUUGUUUCCCUUUGAAGUUCGAAUUUUUUUUUUAGUGAAACAAUGAAUGCUUUAGCUGCAACGAACAGAAACUUCCGUCAUGCAUCGCGAAUUCUGGGUUUGGAUUCGAAGAUCGAGAGAAGUCUUAUGAUCCCAUUUAGAGAAAUCAAGGUUGAGUGUACGAUACCUAAAGAUGAUGGAACUCUGGUUUCGUACAUCGGAUUUAGGGUUCAACAUGACAAUGCUCGUGGACCCAUGAAAGGUGGAAUUAGAUAUCAUCCCGAGGUUGAUCCCGAUGAAGUGAACGCACUAGCUCAGCUGAUGACUUGGAAAACGGCUGUAGCAGACAUUCCAUACGGUGGAGCUAAAGGUGGAAUUGGGUGUAGUCCUCGUGACUUGAGUUUGAGCGAGCUUGAGAGGUUGACUCGUGUCUUCACGCAGAAGAUUCAUGAUCUUAUUGGCAUUCACACCGAUGUGCCUGCUCCUGACAUGGGCACUAACGCUCAAACCAUGGCUUGGAUUCUUGAUGAGUACUCCAAGUUUCAUGGUCAUUCCCCUGCUGUUGUCACUGGAAAGCCCAUUGAUCUUGGUGGUUCAUUAGGUAGGGAAGCUGCCACAGGACGUGGUGUAGUCUUUGCCACCGAAGCUCUUCUUGCUGAGUACGGGAAAUCGAUUCAGGGUUUGACAUUUGUUAUUCAGGGUUUUGGGAAUGUUGGAACAUGGGCUGCGAAGCUGAUCCAUGAGAAAGGUGGAAAAGUGGUUGCAGUAAGCGAUAUUACUGGUGCAAUCAGGAACCCUGAAGGUAUCGACAUCAAUGCUCUCAUAAAGCACAAAGACGCAACUGGAAGUCUCAAUGAUUUCAAUGGUGGAGACGCUAUGAAUUCAGACGAACUGCUCAUUCAUGAGUGCGAUGUUCUCAUUCCCUGCGCUCUUGGCGGUGUCCUGAACAAGGAAAAUGCUGGAGAUGUGAAGGCAAAGUUUAUAGUAGAGGCAGCUAACCAUCCAACUGAUCCAGAUGCUGAUGAGAUUCUGUCGAAGAAAGGAGUGAUUAUACUUCCAGAUAUAUACGCAAACGCAGGAGGAGUGACUGUGAGUUACUUCGAGUGGGUGCAGAACAUUCAAGGGUUCAUGUGGGAAGAGGAAAAAGUGAACUUGGAGCUGCAAAAGUACAUGACUCGAGCCUUUCACAACAUCAAGACAAUGUGCCAUACCCAUUCCUGCAACCUCCGUAUGGGAGCUUUCACUCUUGGAGUUAACCGAGUCGCUCGAGCCACCCAGUUGCGUGGUUGGGAAGCUUAAUUCAGCUGAAUCCCCCCCUUAUACUCUGUUUCUUACUCUGUUUACCGUUUUUUUGUUUUGUUUCAUUUUUACUGAAAAUCAUUGAGCUUCCGAAAUGGAAAAGGAAACAAAUGGAUUGAAUAAACUAACAAAUUGGAAUAAAAUAUGAUUGGAUUUUCUCUUUUCC